UUAUUUUCUUUCUUCUAGGAAAUAUUUAAAAGUAAAGAGACCGGACAUAAAUAAAACAACUGAUAUAGGGUGAUUUGACUGGUUUCCCAUCCCCCGGCAAAAUUUUCCUUUUCUCUAGGGUUUGCUAUAGAUCUCGGUUAGUCUUCCGCUGAUAAUCAACAUUCACUUAGGAGGAACCGAAGAACAAAAUGAGACGAUUAAUGAACAAGCUAGUGUCCCGCUCUCUCUCUGUCGCCGGCAAAUGGCAGCAACAGCAGCUCCGCCGUCUCAACAUUCACGAAUAUCAGGGUGCUGACUUGAUGAACAAAUAUGGAAUUAACGUGCCGAAAGGAGUUGCGGUUUCUUCCAUCGAUGAAGUUAAAGAAGCAGUCAAAUCUGCCUUCCCCAAAGAAAAUGAGUUGGUGGUUAAAAGUCAAAUUUUGGCUGGUGGAAGAGGCUUGGGGACAUUCCAAAAUGGUUUUAAGGGUGGAGUUCACAUCGUUAAGGCUGACCAGGUUGAAGAUAUUGCUGGGAAGAUGCUUGGCCAGAUACUUGUUACCAAACAAACUGGCCCCCAAGGCAAAGUUGUCAGCAAGGUUUACCUGUGUGAAAAAUUGUCACUUGUGAAUGAGAUGUACUUUGCUAUCACUCUGGAUCGUAAAACUGCGGGUCCGCUUAUAAUUGCCUGCAGCAAGGGAGGAACCAGCAUUGAAGACCUUGCAGUGAAAUAUCCUGAUAUGAUUAUUAAGGUACCUGUUGAUGUCUUCAAAGGAAUUACUGAUGAAGAUGCUGCCAUGGUUGUUGAUGGUUUGGCUCCCAAGGUUGCCGAUAGAAAUGAUUCUAUUGAACAAGUGAAGAAACUAUAUAAGCUUUUCUGUGAACGUGAUUGCACGUUGUUGGAAAUCAAUCCUCUUGCUGAGACUUCUAGCAACCAAUUAGUAGCUGCUGAUGCAAAGUUGAACUUUGAUGAUAAUGCUGCCUUUCGUCAAAAGGAGAUAUUUGCUCUCCGUGAUCCAUCACAAGAGGAUCCUCGGGAGGUUGCUGCUGCCAAAGCUGAUUUAAAUUACAUUGGGUUGGAUGGAGAAAUUGGUUGCAUGGUGAAUGGUGCAGGGUUGGCGAUGGCUACAAUGGAUAUAAUUAAAUUGCAUGGAGGAACUCCUGCCAAUUUUCUGGAUGUUGGUGGAAAUGCUUCUGAAGGCCAGGUGGUCGAGGCAUUUAAAAUUUUGACUUCUGAUGAAAAAAUGAAAGCCAUUUUGGUAAAUAUAUUUGGAGGAAUAAUGAAAUGUGAUAUGAUUUCAAGUGCGAUUGUCAAUGUUGCCAAACAGAUGAGAGUUCUCUUUGAAGCAAGUUUUAUGUCUACAUUGUGACAGAGUACUCGUGGUCACUAGCAUUUUUUCUUACUGUAUAUGUCGUGGGAGCUAGAAUUUUGGUCUUGUAAUCCGUGUGAUUUUAGGUGAUAUUUUUGCUUUAAAUUCAUUUAGUUAGUUUAACUAUCUAGAAGUGAGAAUUCACAAGAGAAAUUUUUAAGGCACCGAAAAUAAAGUGGAAGCAACUCAAAAAUAAAGAAGCAAUGAGAAUAGAAAAUGCCAUAAGAAAACAAUACAUACGAAGUGUUUGAGUUAAUACUCUCAAAGUAUUCUAUUACUCAAGAAUGGGGUACAAUGAUAUAUUUACUAAUGAGAACACUUCUAUUUAUAAUUAAACUAUUCUAAAUCUAAUGAUAUAGUUUACUUUACAUUCAUUGUCGAGAUAACACCAAUUUAUAAUUGAGAUUCUUAAGAGAUAUACACAAUCUUCUAAGAAUACAAAACCAAAGCUUUUAAAAUUACUUUUCAUAUUUACCAUAGCAAUAUUAGUUUUUCUUAAGUGUUUUAUUGCACCACCAAGAUUUCAAGUAGAUUGGCUUCUUUAAAUGUUUCACGAAUCGAGUUAGUUUAAGUGGGUUGAAUGAGUUUCAUUUAAUCAAUUGACUUUCAUGAUAUGCUUUAUUUGCAUCUGUCAUGGGUUUGAAUCUGCGACCCCUGAAAUUCUUCCUCACCCAUUCUCAUAAUGUUCUCAUUGUGUCCUUAGAAUGAUACUUAUUUGACUCGUCUUGGAACUAUUUUAAUGUUUUGGUUGUUUUCCAAUUAGUCUCUCUAUCGGGAAGUUUCACCCCUCGGAACAUUUGCCUCGACUUUCACUAUCGCUUAACUUGAAUCAUUCCUUUACUUGGUACAUCUCAUUUGCACGAGUUCACUGCUUUUACUUGCUCCCAUUGUGACUUGCAUCGAUCAGGGUCCCCUUGAUCUUCACAAAUAGGCUUCAACACACUCAUAUUGAACAUUGAGUUAACUUUGAAUAUUGCUGCUAAUUUUGGUUUGUAAGCCUCUCGACUUGCCCGCUUCAGAACUCUAAAAGGGUUCGUGUAUCUUUGCCAAGCAAACGAUAAGUCAUAACAUAAAACACUAAAAGAAAGUGGUUAAGAUGUAUCUCACUCGUCACAUUUACUUAUUUUGUCACAUGUACUUAUUUUGACUAUUCAGUUUGUAUCACUAUUUUUCCCACUAAGUUUGGUGCAUUAUUCACCUUUUUCAUAAGAGGUAACCUUAUUAAUAGCUUAAUAAACUUCACAUUGGUUUGCCACACCUCUAGUUUUUCUAAAGGGGUUUUCGUAGCACUUCAAUCUACCGAGUCAAUGUUCUUUCCACAAUGAACAUUCUCAACUAAUUUGGUUGUUGAUAAUACAUUGGUUUCAUCUUAUUCAUCACGACUCAUUGGCACUAUGCUUCGUCGUUGGUGAAUAUCCAAGAUACAUAGACAAUCGACAAAAGAAACUAACAGAACAUUAAUCCGGUUAAGGAAAUUCAAGCCAAUCACAAAGUCGUAAUCAUCUAAAUGAAUUACCUUGAAAUUUUCUUUAUUUUUUUACUCGUUGAUUUGUAGCUCAAUUGUUUAUGCUACUCCCACAGUUGGAAUCUCUUGAAUUCUUGAUCAUUUUAGUCGAUUCGCUAACUGUGAGAUCAAGUUUACUUACGAUUUUCUUCGAUAUUAACAGAUCAAAUGCCCUUGUAUCAACACGAGGACUCCUGUUUUGACUUGCAAUGUUGAUGUUCACAAAUAUGAACCCUUUCUGCUUGCGAUCCUUCUUCGUUUUCGCAGAAUUGAGUAUUGUUGAUCCAAGUCUUAAUACUAUUUCCUCAUUGGGUCACCAAGACUUCAAGUAGUGAGCUUUUUCACAUGUUCCAUGAAUCAGGCCACAUUAAGUGGAUCGAGUAAGUCUCAUUUAAUAAAUUGAUCUCUAUGGGAUGCUCUAUGUGCAUUCAUCACAAGUUUUGAUCCGUGGCCCUUAACAUAUGCAAGUGAAUCAUCAAGGAAAACCAAACUGUUAGAAAUUUAUGAAGUUCCAAGUAGGAGUGCCUUUUAGAAUAUAUAUACAUAUAUAUAGGAAUCUAGACAAUCUAUUUUUUUAUUGUUUCCAUAAUCCAUGUAAAAGGCAUUGACUUUUGUUUGACCUUGUGUUAUAGGUAGCCCUAAAAGUUCCUGUGGUGGUCUGUCUUGAAGGUACCAAUGUUGACCAAGGAAAGAGAAUUUUGAAGGUAAAUUGGAAACACGAGUCUUUUUUCUUAUUGUUUCUCAUCUUUCACAACAUUGAUGAGUUUUUCCUUUUAAUCGAGGCCAUAAUCCCUUGUAAAAUUGAUAUAUUUGCCGCAUUUACUCUAGACAGUUGAUACGACCUCUUUCUUUGAUUUGAGAUAAUAUAGUUUGGAAAUUGUGUUAAA